AUGCUGCCUCACAAGCUCACUCUGUUGCUUCCCAUCUUCCUCAUUUUGCUUCCUCUGGCCAGACCAGAUCUGGCUUCUGAGCGGACUGCUCUCCUCGCUCUCCGUUCCUCGGUGGGAGGCCGAACCCUUCUCUGGAACAUCACCUUGCAGAAUCACUGUAAGUGGGCUGGCGUCCAAUGCGACCAUGACCAGGUCGUCGAGCUUCAUCUUCCCGGUGUUGGGCUUUCCGGCCGGUUACCUAACGGCAUUUUCGGGAACCUCACUCAUCUCCAGACUCUCAGUCUGCGUUUCAACGCCUUGACUGGAAGUCUCCCUUCAGAUCUCGCUUCUUGCGUCCACCUUCGGAAUCUUUACUUGCAGCGAAACUUGCUCUCUGGAGAAAUCCCUGAAUUCUUGUUCUCUUUACCCGACAUGGUUCGCCUUAAUUUGGGGCACAACAAUUUUUCCGGUGCGAUUCCGCUAGAGUUCAACAAGUUGGCGAGGCUGAGGACUCUGUAUCUCGAGAAUAAUCAGCUUUCAGGUUCCAUUCCUGGGUUGAACCUGGAAAAUCUCGAGCAGUUCAACGUGUCGAACAAUUUGUUAAACGGGUCGGUACCGGUAAAGUUACAGACAUUUUCCGAAGAUUCAUUUCUAGGCAAUUCACUGUGUGGGAAGCCCCUCAAGCUGUGCCCAGGAGAAGGAGCUGCAAUAUCUCCGUCGGGUGAGAUUGAUAACAACAACCGGGGGAAGAAGAAGAAAUUGUCUGGUGGGGCCAUAGCUGGGAUAGUCGUUGGAUCUGUGGUGUUUCUCCUGUUGGUUCUGUUUGCUUUGAUUCUGCUUUGCCGGAAGAAGAGUAGUAAGAAGUCGAGCUCCGUCGACAUUGCUACUAUGAAGCAUCCAGAAACUGAAAUUCCAGGCGAUAAACCCGUUUCAGAUGUGGAGAAUAGUGGUCAAAGUAAUGGGUAUUCGGUAGCUGCUGUGGCCGCAGCAGCCAUGACCGGAAACGGCAGAACAGAAUUGAACAGCAAUGACGGAUCGAAGAAGUUGGCAUUCUUCGGUAAUUCACCGAAAGUGUUUGAUCUGGAAGAUUUGCUUAGAGCUUCGGCAGAGGUUUUGGGUAAAGGAACGUUCGGAACAGCUUAUAAGGCGGUCCUGGAGGCUGGUCCGGUGGUGGCUGUGAAAAGGUUGAAGGAUGUGACAAUUUCUGAAAAGGAAUUCAAGGAGAAGAUUGAAUUGGUUGGAGCAAUGGAUCAUGAGAAUUUGGUUCCUCUCAGGGCUUAUUAUUUCAGUAGGGAUGAAAAACUUCUUGUCUAUGAUUACAUGCCAACGGGAAGCUUAUCUGCACUUUUGCAUGGAAACAAAGGGGCGGGUAGGACACCAUUGAAUUGGGAAAUCAGAUCAGGAAUUGCGCUAGGAGCUGCUCAAGGCAUCGAGUACCUACAUUCACAGGGACCUAAUGUUUCUCAUGGAAACAUAAAGUCAUCCAACAUCCUCCUCACCAAAUCCUAUGAUGCCAGAGUGUCUGAUUUUGGCCUGGCACAUCUUGUUGGUCCUUCCUCCACUCCCAAUCGGGUUGCUGGCUACCGUGCGCCAGAAGUUACUGAUCCUCGCAAAGUUUCUCAGAAGGCAGAUGUCUACAGCUUUGGAGUGCUGCUCUUGGAACUUCUGACUGGAAAGGCUCCCACACAUUCUCUCUUAAACGAGGAAGGAGUAGAUCUCCCAAGAUGGGUUCAAUCUGUUGUUAGAGAAGAAUGGACUUCUGAAGUGUUUGAUCUUGAGCUCCUCAGGUAUCAGAAUGUUGAGGAGGAGAUGGUUCAAUUAUUGCAGCUUGCAGUUGAUUGUGCAGCUCAAUAUCCUGAUAAGCGCCCUUCAAUGCCUGAGGUGAGGCAACGCAUAGAAGAGUUACGUCGUUCAAGCCUGAAGGAGGAUCAAGACCAAAUUCAGCAGCCUGAUCUGAUCAAUAUAAUGUAGAUGACAUAUCUUCUCCAUGAUGGGUAUGCUAAAAAAAGAUCAUAUCAUCUUUGCUUUGUUAAAAACCCAAAAAAAAAAAAGAGCCCAUGUUUUCCGGUGCUUAUGCUGUAUUCUUUUAUCUCGGUCCUUAAAUUUUCUCAGCACCCAACUUUAAAUUUUUCAUCUUUUCUUUUUUAUUUUCUUCUUCUCUUACAGUAUCUUCAUUUAAUAUUUCUUCCCCCCAAUUUCUAUCUCAAUGAAUAGCUUGAGGGGGUUGAUGUCUGUUCCAUUAGUCAUUAUUGAUGGAUUCUGGUUGAUGUAAUUAUUACUCUUCUUUGCUUUAACAUUGGCUUUUGCUUUGUUGAAA